CCUCCCCCAAGACGCUGCCUUUCGGCCUCGGGACGCCGUGACGCUGCGUUCCUGCAGUCCCUUGCCACCUCCCUCUUUCUUCCAGUCUGGGGAAGCUCAGUGCUGGACUUCCGAAGACCUUUUACGACACUGGGUCUCGGAGUUGGUCUCAGCGCGGGAUCCACUUUUCGGCAAAGUGACGUGGACGUCAACAGCAAUGGCGGAAGGAGAAGAGGUCCUGCCGCUGCCAACGUCGAGCGGCGACGGCUGGGAAAGAGAUCUUGAAGAAGCUCUGGAAGCAGGAGGUUGUGAUCUUGAAACUUUGAGAAAUAUAAUUCAAGGAAGACCACUGCCUGCUGAUCUGAGGGCCAAAGUUUGGAAGAUUGCUCUGAAUGUUGCAGGAAAAGGUGAUAGUUUGGCAUCAUGGGAUGGUAUUUUAGACUUGCCAGAACAGAACACUAUUCACAAAGAUUGCCUGCAGUUUAUGGACCAGCUUUCAGUGCCAGAGGAGAAGGCAACAGAAUUACUUUUGGAUAUUGAAUCUGUAAUUACCUUUUAUUGUAAAUCACGUAACAUUAAAUAUAGCACAUCCCUUAGCUGGAUACAUCUACUCAAACCAUUGGUGCAUCUUCAACUGCCACGCAGCGAUUUAUACAACUGCUUUUAUGCCAUAAUGAAUAAGUACAUUCCCAGGGAUUGUUCCCAGAAAGGGAGACCAUUUCAUCUCUUCAGGUUGCUCAUCCAAUACCAUGAGCCUGAGCUUUGUUCUUAUCUUGAUACAAAGAAAAUUACUCCAGACUCCUAUGCACUCAACUGGCUUGGAAGUCUUUUUGCAUGUUACUGUUCCAUUGAAGUCACUCAGGCAAUAUGGGAUGGAUAUCUACAACAAGCAGAUCCAUUUUUUAUUUAUUUCUUAAUGUUAAUUAUCCUUGUUAAUGCAAAAGAAGUUAUUUUGACACAAGAGUCAGACAGCAAAGAAGAAGUUAUCCAGUUCUUGCAAAAUACUCCAUCCAGUCUGAAUAUAGAAGAUAUAGAAGACCUUUUCUCUCUGGCUCAGUAUUAUUGCAGCAAAACACCAGCUUCUUUUAGGAAGGAUAAUCACCAUCUCUUUGGUAGUACUUUGUUGGGAAUUAAGGAUGAUGAUGCAGAUCUGAGUCAGGCUCUUUGUCUGGCCAUCUCAGUGUCAGAGAUCCUUCAAGCGAAUCAGCUACAAGGGGAAGGAGUCCGGUACUUUGUGGUGGAUUGCCGUCCUGCAGAGCAAUAUAAUGCUGGGCAUUUAGCAACUGCUUUCCACUUAGAUUCAGAUCUGAUGCUCCAGAAUCCAUCUGAGUUUGCACAGUCAGUAAAAUCCUUGCUGGAAGCACAGAAGCAGUCCAUUGAGUCUGGCUCCAUAGCUGGUGGGGAGCACCUCUGUUUUAUGGGCAGUGGCAGGGAGGAAGAAGACAUGUAUAUGAACAUGGUCCUGGCACACUUUUUACAGAAAAACAAAGAAUAUGUGAGUAUUGCCAGUGGAGGAUUUAUGGCACUGCAGCAGCACCUGGCAGACAUUAAUGUGGAUGGACCAGAAAAUGGAUAUGGCCAUUGGAUUGCUAGUACCUCAGGCUCAAGGAGCAGUAUCAAUUCUGUUGAUGGUGAAUCUCCUAAUGGCUCAAAUGAUAGAGGAAUGAAAUCACUAGUAAAUAAAAUGACUGUGGCUUUGAAGACAAAAUCCGUUAAUGUCAGGGAAAAAGUUAUCAGUUUUAUAGAGAAUACAUCAACUCCUGUGGAUCGAAUGUCUUUCAAUCUUCCUUGGCCAGACAGAUCAUGUACAGAGCGGCAUGUGAGCAGCAGUGACAGAGUGGGCAAGCCUUACCGUGGUGUAAAGCCUGUUUUCAGCAUUGGGGAUGAAGAAGAAUACGACACAGAUGAAAUUGACAGUUCUUCAAUGUCAGAUGAUGAUAGGAAAGAGGUUGUAAACAUUCAGACUUGGAUAAACAAGCCAGAUGUCAAACAUCAUUUUCCUUGUAAAGAAGUAAAAGAAAGUGGACACAUGUUUCCCAGUCAUCUGUUGGUUACCGCAACACAUAUGUAUUGUUUAAGGGAGAUUGUUUCACGGAAAGGAUUGGCUUAUAUACAGUCUCGACAAGCGCUGAAUUCUGUAGUUAAAAUUACAUCCAAAAAAAAACAUCCUGAACUCAUUACCUUCAAGUAUGGAAAUAGCAGUGCUUCAGGAAUAGAAAUCUUGGCAAUUGAAAGGUAUUUGAUUCCAAAUGCAGGGGAUGCUACUAAAGCCAUAAAACAGCAGAUCAUGAAAGUUUUGGAUGCUUUGGAAAGUUAAUAUAAAAGAAAAUUAUUUAAAAAGAAAUUAAGACAACCAAGAGAAACAUGGACAUAUACUUCCUGGUGAAUACUAACUGGAGACCUUUCAUUUGCUCAUGGGGCUGCUUAAAUAGCAGGUCUAAGAAAGUGUAAAUUAUUAUAAUCAAUCUGUGGACAGUAAACUUUUUAAAAAU